GGGUUGGUUUUGACAAACAAGACCUACAAGGACUUAGGGCUUCCUGGUUUACGAGCUAAAACCCCUAACGGAAAAAUAAAUUCGGCUAAACCUCUGGUCUCCGUUUGCCGAAGUACACAGUUGACACUGCUCUCUGCUCAAGUUUUAACCUUGAUAGCUAACAACAGAAGAGCUAAGGGAAAUCGUUGGAAGUAAGUCAAACAAAAUAUAAUGGGGGUGCCAGAUGCCUCAGGGGACUUGUCAUCCGAGAUGGAGGUGGAUGCUUUCAGACGCCUCUUCCCUCUUCGCUAUUUUGAGCGUCAUCUCUCAGAAUCUAUACGCCCCGAUGCGAGGCCUCUUGGAAGAGCUAGAGAUACAACAUUAGCCCUUGGGGCUGUUGCAUCUGCUCAUGGGUCAGCAUUGGCAAAGAUCGGUUCAACUACCAUGUUGGCUGCCAUAAAAAUGGAAGUGAUGACCCCUUCAACAGAGUCACCGGAAGAGGGCUCCAUUGCUAUUGAUUUCCACAUGCCUCCGAUCUGUUCACCAAUUGUUAGACCUGGUAGGCCUGCCGAGGCUGCACCUGUGAUAUCAAAGCAAUUAUCCGAUACCAUAUCAAGCUCUGGCAUGAUUAAUCUAAAGGAACUGUCCUUGGUCAGUGGAAAAGCUGCCUGGAUGGCGUACCUGGACAUUUAUUGUUUGGAUGCUGAUGGUGCUCUUUUUGAUGUUGCACUACUCUCAGCUGUCGGUGCCUUCUCUCAUUUGCAAAUCCCCAUAGUUUCCCUAAAUGAUGAUGGAAAAAUAGUACUCGUAUCGGAGGAAGACGAUGGAACAAAAUUGGAGGAGCCUGUCAACAAGGAGAAGAGGAAGCUCACACUGAGCAGCAUUCCAUUUUCAUUGACAUGCAUACUUCACAAGAACUACAUCUUGGCAGACCCAACUGCAGAAGAAGAGUCCAUUAUGGAAACUCUUGUAACAGUGGUUUUGGAUUCAUCUUCCAGACUCGUUUCUUUUUACAAGCCAGGUGGACCAGUUCUUGCCCAGACAUCAGCUGUCCAGGAUUGUGUUGCAUUGACUAGGCAGAGAGUGAAGGAACUUCAAGACAUUUUAGAUGAGACCAUUUCUGGUAUGGAGAUUGACUAAGUUUCAUUUAGGAUGGAGUAGUUCUACGGUUUAAAAACUACAGUGUUCAUUCUGUCUUCUUACUAUGAAGCAAGUAUUUCUGAAAAGAGAUUUUGGAGGGAAAAGUAGUGAAUUGUUACUUGCAUCAAUGGAAAAGCUGGUUUAUCGCA